UGAAGUUUGUGAAGUCUAUGUUUUCUGACAUCUGUGGUAAAUAAAAAUGAAGAAUUUGCAAUGCGAUGACAGAAUUUGUUAUACAUUUUUUUACACUGAUUAAAUUACAAAUUUAAAUUAUAUUUGACUGUAUUGUAACAUAAAUUUGACAUGAAAUCGUUUUCUAAGAGAUGAGUGUCUUCGGAGAUUUUCAACGCGUGUGGGUGCAACGUUUUCCAGAGAGUGCUUUGCCAGCAGCUUGGGAAGAAGAUGUCAGGGCCAAUUUAGCUAAACACAAACAAAAAGUUGCUAUACUGAGAGAAGAAUUGGAAAAAGAAGAGUUUUAUGUGGAGUAUUUAGAAACUUUGCUGUCAGAUGUUGAGAAACAUAAAGCUGCCGCACAAGGCAGCAGGACGGCUCCGCCCUCGGGGGGUGACGUGAACGAUCUCGACGAUAAGCCUCCUGAUAGCAAGCAGGGAUCCACCACAGACUUGCUACUAAAGAAAAGUGACAUCAGUCUCAGUAGUAAUAAAAGUGAAGACUCCACACCAGAAACUCCUGAAUGUGAACCUGUGCAGCUCAGAAACAAACCAGCUCGUAUAACUGAAAGAAGUUCAGUCAAUCAAUGCAUCAAUGAGUUGUCUAACCUUGCUGCAGAGGCAGCUCGGAGAAGAUGUAAUAGUGAAAUAGUCCAGAGAACUGACAUUAAUCAAGAUACUAAUGUAGCAGUAGAACAAACAAGUCCAAAUCAAGCCAAAAACCGUCCAACAUCACAAACUGGUGAUUUUGUAACAGUCAUCGAAGUAAAUGGUCUGAAAUUAGCAGAAUCUGCUUCCAAGAAGUCAGAGGAGUCCCAGCAGUCGUCAGAAGGCAGUCCUGUUGAUCCUGUUGCUAUUGCUAAGAAGAAAGUCCCACCCAAACCACCACCGAAAGUGUUCAGUAAGCGCGGAGCUUCGUUACCGGAGACUGGUCUAGCAGAAGACAGUCCGCCUUCCUCAUUGGGCCGUAGAAUUCGAAACGCGGAAUCUCGCGAGUCCAUUACUAGUAGAGCGUCGACGCCCUCCAUUAGUGAGAGAGUAAAAAGUUAUGAAUCUAUUAACUCCUUGUCGUCGGAACGAAAGCGUUCAGGUGGGGCGGCCACCCCUCGGUCUAUUGAUGAGGAGGCGACGUCCACUACACCAGACUUGGGAGACGCCACCGACGCUGACAAGUCCGCGCCAAUAUCUUUAGAGAGCAUACCAGCAGCCGUGCCUGGCUCAGAGGAUGAACCAUACUAUGACCAAGUUCCCGUAGACAUCAACGACGGCGAAUAUGUAUACAUACAAGCAGGUGGAACUGGUUCGAGUACAGAGGAUGGGUCGAGUGGUACGAGCACUCUCCCGCUGGUGGGCAGCAGCGCGGGCGGGGCGGCGCCGUCCGCGCCCACCGCGCCGCGCGCGCCCGACUCGCCGCCCUGCGCCACCGCACCCAACUACGUCAACAUACAUUACUUCCUGCAGAAAGGAGGUGAUGGCACUGAACCAAGUGACACACCGUCUGAACUGGCCGACUCUAGCGACACUCCUUUACUGUUGCGAACUAUAUCGUCGGACACAGAAGCUAGUGCUACACCACCCGCACUUAGAAAAUUACAUACUCAGGAAUCGAGCGGCAACAAUGCGGAAGCUGAGCGGCUGACUAUGCACCGUUGUAUCAUAACGAGCAUCAUCGAGAGUGAAACCGUUUAUGUUGAAUGCCUCUAUGUUAUGGAGAAGUACAUGAAUGCAAUAAAAGCGACGUUGUCUACAUCCCAGCCUGUAAUAACGGAAGAGGAGUUUAACACAAUCUUCUACAAGAUAUCAGAGCUCCAUGAGUUGCAUAAGAACUUCCUCGAGGGAUUGAAGGCGGCCGUCGCUAGCUGGGAAGAGCCUCUAUCUGUAGGGAUACAUUUCAAAAAGAUGGCAGAAAACAUAAACAUUUACGGUGCGUUUUUACACAACUACGGUCGUGCGACGGACGCGGUGCGACGUCGCUGUUCCACGUCGCAGAGCUUUGCACACCUCACGAAACAGAUCUCCUGCCACGGGCAGCCCAUGUCCCUUGAUGACCUGCUCCAUAAACCAGUCGCCAGGGUCCAGAAGAAUGCAUUAGUCCUGCAUGAUCUUAUUAAGUAUACUCCAGCCAGUCAUCCAGAUCACGCUAUGUUGACAGAAGCGCUGAACAUGACGCAACAUUUUCUAGACGAAUUCAAUAUUAUACAAACUAAAUCCAUGUUCCCUAAUGCCGAUCGCGCUCAAAGGCGACUCGUCAAGAACUCAUUCAUAGUGGAGCUUUCAGACGGGCACAGAAAAUUAAGGCAUCUAUUUCUCUUCAACGACGUCAUCGCUUGUGCCAAAUAUAAGGCCUCUGGACGCGAUAAGUUCACGUUUGAGUUGAAAUGGUUUAUUCCUCUGCCUGAUAUUGUGGUGGUAGAAGACGAGAGUCUCGGUGCCAACGCCAACGACGCUCGCGAGACUUCGCCCGCUAACAUCGUGGCACUGAAGUCCCAGGCCUCCACCGUACGCGACCAAAUACUGGCUGAAGAACGAGCCGCUGCUGAUGACAAGAAAAUCCGUAUCGGCGGUCGCGGCGCGGCGGAGAAGCAGCGCAAGAAGCUGGCGGAGCUGGAGGCGCAGCUGGUGCUGGCGUCGCCCAACCUCGUGUUCCGCGUGGGGGCGCGCGCGCCCGGCGCCGCCGCGCUGCAGCGACAGCACGUCUUCUUCCUCAGCUCCGAGUACGAGCGCACGCAGUGGAUCGACUCCAUACACGCUCUGCAGGCUUCCUCAGCGCCACCAGCGGGUUCGAGUUCCAUCUCAAUGUUGGAGCUGCAGGCGUGGGUGACGGCGUGCCGCAGCUACUUACAGACUGACAUGGGGUCCUACCUACUGCGCAGUGGACGCGACGACUCACUACUGCUCGGAGACCUACAACUCCAUAUUGGGGGCAUGACUGCGCCACUUGAUACUGCGGCUGAUUACUACAUAGUUGUGGAGGUGGACUCCUACGGGCACUACUUCCGCAAAGCGAAGUCGAAGCUAGUAUGUCGCAGUGCGCAGCCGCGGUGGAACGAGAGCUUUACACUAGACUUGGAGGGCUCACAGAACUUGCGGCUCCUACUGUACGAGGAUGCUGCAAGACCAGUGCUGCGAGGAAAAUGUACCAUCAAGCUGUCCCGCGAGUGGGUGUCGGAGAGCGCGGGCGGCAGCGUGGCGCGCACGGUGUGCGUGGGCGGCGGGUCGCUGACGCUGCGCCUGCGCCUGCUGCCGCCCGAGCGAUCCGCGCGCCGCGUGCCCUCCGCCAAGCCCGGCGCGCUCUUCGGGAACAAGAUCACACAUGUCGCCAAACGAGAAAAGCGCAAUAUUCCGUUCAUAAUAAGCGCCUGCGUGCGUGAGGUGGAGCGCCGUGGUAUACACGAGGUCGGCAUCUACCGCGUCUCCGGGAGCGCUUCCGACCUCAACCGACUCAAGAAGAGCUUCGAGACCAAUGCCUACGAAGCAGAACAGUUGCUAAAGGAGGUGGACAUACAUUCGGUGACCGGCGUCUUGAAGUUAUAUUUGCGGGAGCUACCAGAGGCUUUGUUCACGGACGCUCUGUACCCAGAGUUGCUGAAAGCGUGGGGAGCGACACAAGGCGCAGGCACAUCUGUAGACUCGGGUCCAGCACACACCAGGCGACAUGCCCUUCUCAAAUGUUACGCUCAGUUGCCAGACCUCAAUAAAAAUUGUAUCGACUUCCUAUUGAAUCAUUUUGUCAAAGUGAACCAGCACGAGAGCGAGAACAAGAUGUCGCUGCACAACCUGGCCACGGUGUUCGGGCCCACGCUGCUGCGGCCCGCCGCGGCCGGCGCCGGCAGCAAGCUGCGCACCGACCUGCUGGCCGCCGGCACCGUGGACGCCAUGGCGCAGGCCGGCAUCCUCUACUGCCUGCUGCAGCAGCGCCAGCUCGCCGCGCAGCUCUCCUCGCACCAUCGCGCGCCGCACUCCGCGCUCGACUAGCCACACUCCUCACGCAUACUAUACAGCCAAUUCCAAAUAUUCUCUCGCAAGUCUAAUAAAAAAACUCUUUAACUCUUAAAUUUUCAUAUAGACAUCGUGAGCGCGGUCGGUGUGGUUUGUAUUUAUUGUAUGUAUCAUUUUAUAUUUCCUUCAUUACACAGUAAGUUCUGAAUGUUAAGCGGAAACGAAAAUGAAAUCUUUAUAGCGUCAAAGUUCUAAUGAACCACCCGCGUUAGAUUCACAAAUGUUUUAAUUUUUUGGUAUUCUUACAAAAAGGAUAUGAUUAUGUAGUCGACAGUUUUUUGUCUAUGAGUAAUUUUAAGUUCGAGAUAUUUAUGCCGAUUAAUGCACAUUAGAAAAAGUGAUAAUAUGCAAUUUUAUUAUUUAUUGAUAAUGGCUAAACAGUUUACUAAAAGAUAAAAAAAAAACAAAAUUCAUCAUAAUGAUUGUUUAACUGCUAAACCUAAAUGGUGUCCAAUACUAUGUCACUCAUUGCUCAGUGAUUGUUUUCUCUCAUUUAAAGUAUAAUGAUUUAUUCAUUUAAGUAACGACAGAUUUAUUCAACUAAAUACAUUCCAUUUAUUAUGACAACAGACUGAUCAUAGGUGUAUCAUAGAAGAUAUAACAAUAACAAAAUUUAGCAAGUAUUUCAUAUGAAAUGUGUAAAUACCACUCAAUACGGCCGUGUGGUUUAAAUUGGAAAAGUGAAAAAUUAAAUGCGGUUGUGAUGUGUGCAGCUGACAUCGCAGUAGAGGAGCAGGGCUGGUUCAGCUGUGUGACCACGAAGUAAUGAAUGAAUCAGAAUGUUUAAUGUUUCUAAGCAAGUAUUAUGAAGAGGGACCGAAAUAAAAUUAAUAAUUUAUGGUAAUAAAAUCAUUAGCAUAAAAUUGAUGCAGACUGAUACUAAUAAAUUUGUGAGUGGUAGUGAUUAUUUUCAGUUUUGGGGCACAUUUGAUUUGAUCAAGUAUCAAAUCAUACAAACAAAUAUGUAUGCUUGUAAAGUGCAGGAAAUUAAUUUAUAUUAAAAAUAAAAGGAAUGAGUGAAUCUGUAGUUGGGUAGUGGAGUGUUUAACAGUUUGUAAUCAGCAUCACAUCGUUAUUAUUUAACAAGUCGAAAUGAUAAUGUUUUGUGUAUUUGGUGGAUUGCUCUCAGGUCUUUUGAUUACUGAGUCAGUUGUAGUUAUUAAUAAUACUGAUUUACUUGGACAUAAGAAUGAAAAGUUGGUCCACUUUAUUAGCAUUUUAUAUGCUAGUCGUGUGUAUGUUUAGAAGCUUUACGUUAUAUCAGCACCACUUUCUAGUACUCUCGUAAGUUCCCUGCAGCAGUAGGUGUCACAUAAAAUCGAUUUCGAUGUCUAGUUUAAAUAAUGUAGGCGAUCUAUUUCACAAAUAGGCUUAGAUGAAUGGUGUUAUAUUAGUACUUAAAGGGAAAUUUUACCAAAAAUAAAAAUUAUUAGAACAAUAUUAAUUUCAAUAUUAUUAUGUUGAUUUUGUUGAGAGACAUUAACCUUUGAUUUACUAUAGUUUAUGUUGUUGAGUAAUAUAUUCAAGCCUUAAGUUAAGUGACUCCACAUUUUUUAUUGUUUAUUCAUCUUGGAAUAUAAUGUUUAUUCUUCACCAAAGAACACUGCCUAUCACGUAAUUUCAUUCGAAGUAUAUGAAUCCAAAUACAAUGUAUUCUUCUUUUAUUUUCGUAAGAAUGGAAAGUAUUCAUUUGUUUAUCCUACAUAUAUGAUUGUUGCAAACUCUAUUGUAUACUGCCUAAUUGUAAGCAAUGCGCACGAUAAAGAUAAUGAGCCGCUCAUAAUUAAAGUUCUGAGUUUUGUAUCUGAAAUUGUUACUUAUUAUUUUUCCAAUAAUGUAUUUUUAGAUUGUAUAAAUGUACUUCUUGUAAGUGGAGAUCUUUUGUUGAUACUUAAAGAAUUACGAUUGAUGUUAGUCAGCAGAUAUGCCUUUUUUAUAUUAACAAUAUUAGAGUUAAUUAUGAACACUUAAGAUUUAAUUUUAUCACUAAGCAAUUUGUCAGUUGCGUAAUAUAUAUAUCAUCAAAUAAUUCACCUGUUUAUUUAAAUGAACAAAUUAGCACAAUGAUUUAUCAGUCAUUAUUUAGUACUAUUAAGAAUUAUCUUUUUGUCAGACUGAGUAUGUAUACCUGUGCUUGCUGUUGCCAAAUUACUGUUGCCAAUUUUUUAUUCUUGAUAAUGAUAGAGAAUAACAUUUAAAUAUUUCCUAUCAAAUGAUAAUAUGAAUAGUUUGUCUCAAAUGCAGGUGUUUAUAGUGACUUGAUCUUUUCACAAAUUGCAGUGAAUGAUUGCUGCUAAAUACAUACCUUAAGUUUAAUACAUGUUACCUUGUAGCUUGUUCUAUGUAAGUUUGCUAUUUAAUUACUUUAAACUAUAGUUAUUCCAGACCUACACUAUUGUUUAUGGGUUAGAGAUUUUACAUGUAAUCUACAAUGUACACUGGGGCUAAGAUGAUUAUGUUGUAUAAUUAUUUUAUCACAACCUGGCCUAUGUUAAUGUUUUCCUCUAUAAGCCUUCCAGUUUGUGUGAAAAUCUCUGCACCAGCAGCUGUAUUAUAUAGUAUUCCACAAUUUGGUUGUAAUACCAAAUCUUUGUAUUUAAUUUUUGUAUAUAAAUGACACUAAAAUGUAGUUACAUAAAUUUUGCAAUAAAAUGUAUUUUUAAUACACCUU